AUGAGAAAGAGAGUGAAACUUGCGUUUAUGGUCAAUGAUUCUGCAAGGAAGAUAACUUAUACCAAAAGAAAAAAGAGUCUAAUAAAAAAGAUCGAUGAACUCACAACUCUUUGUGGAAUUGAAGCUUGUGCUAUAGUUUAUAGCGAUUUUCAUUUGGAGCCAGAGAUUUGGCCUUCCCCGUGGGAGGUCCAAAGGAUUGUUACAAAGUUUAGAAGUUAUUCUGAAUUUGAAAAAGGUAAGAAGAUGUUGAACCAAGAGAGUUUUUUGACGCAGAGGAUUCUGAAGUCUAAUGAACAAUUGGCAAAAUUGCAAAGGAGCAAUUGGGAGCAGGAGAAAUCAUUGGUAUUGUUUCAAUGUCUUAUUAAAGAAAACUUUAUCAACACUUUGAACACAAAUGUUUUGAAUGAGUUAUCAUAUGAUAUUAAUGAGAAGCUGGCGCAAAUUACUUCAAAGAUGAAUCAACUGAAUACAAAUGUAACCACUUAG